AUGCGUAUACUGUGGCUGUGUGCUUUCUUUAACUGCGCUUUAGCGCAAGCUGGUUUCGGUACUUCGUAUCUGAGAAAUUCUCGUUUGUGCCACCAAUGGAACUGCUUGAACGUGAAGCUUGGUCUGGAAGACUCGCUCCCUACGAGGGAACGAUAUGCCGGCGUCCUGAACUCCAUACUGCCAGCGGAGUGGAGGGAUGUCAGCAACAGAGCCCUGGACGUUUGCUACUCUAAUCGAAGCAGGAGAUACACGAACACUUGCCCCGGUCAAGCGCUGAUGCACUGCGUCGUCGACAAUUUGAUAGCGAACUGUCCCGGUGACAAAUUGUGGAAAGGAGAUGGCUGCGCCCCCGUUUCGUCUCUCGCAGCCAACAAAUAUAUGUUCUUUCAGAGUCGAUAUGCAAACCUACAAGGAAACAUACCGUUGGAGCGUCGACCCGCAUGGUUUUUACAAAACUACUUCAGCGCCAACUGCUGCCAGCUGCCGGACUUUUUCAACGCGACUGUCCUGCAAGAGUGCGGUUUCGAGUCGUUCAUGUUGUACCACAUUCACGACGCACAGCUGGAUUCGCAAUUGAAGUUCAACCGAGAUUCCGUAAUUUCCAAUCAGCAGAGGGCGCGUGCGUCGCACUUCGUACCGUCAUCGGAAAACGAGAAACCGAAGACCGUAGAUUCUACUAAGACUGGUAAUUUCGUCGGCAAAGAGGUGAACGAACAGGUCAACGAUCCCCUGGACUGCUGCGACCUGGAAGGGUUCGUGGCGCCGGAAUGGCGGGCGGAGUGUGGCUUCCGCUUAACCUGGAAUACUCGCGACCGAUUGCUGAUACACGACCGGAAUCCCGUCACCGAGGGUCCGACAACCACUGAGCCAGCGGGAGUCAAGGGGGCAGCUGACGUCAAAAUCGUACCGCUUUCGUGCGAGCGGGAGGCGUGCGUGUUCGGCAAGCUGGGCGUCGUGUCGGGGUCCGGGGCGGUGGACCGGCUGGCCUUCUCGCGGCUGCUGGACGCGCUGGCCCUGGCGGAUCCUAGAUGGACCAGCGCCAAGGGCCGCGUCCACACCAAGUGCCUCAAAUCCGCAGCGGCCUACGAAGCCCAGUGCGAGAUCAGCCAGCUGCUCGCAUGCACGUACGAUGUUCUCACGGAGAAUUGCCCAGAUGCUAAGAAGGAAGACCCGUGCAAACACUCGAGCGGUUUGCAAAAUAACAUAACGUGUCAAAUAAGUUCGUCAAACUCAGACCGCGAAACAGACGUCGGCUAUGCAACGUACCUGAUUUCGUUGAUCGCACGGUAC